AGUAUGUUUGUAUGUGUAUGUAAAAAGUGUAUAAUUUAACAUUUGCAACUAAGAGCUCUGCCUAGUUAAAAUAAGUAAAUAUUGUGCAACGUCCCUUUUAGUUUCAACAAUGGAUUCAACACAGCAGCCUCCACCGCUUGCAGGCUACGAUAACCAAAGGCAGGCGCGCUGCGACGACAACAUGUCCGUUUCGAAUAACUUUAAUAUGAAUACAGCGAUCCAGCAGCAACGACCUGUCGAUGAAUUUGAUUUGGAGUUGCGGCAGCAUACCGCCGCCGCCACGCAUCCUUACCACUCGAACUUUGCCUCAGCGUCCAAUUUGCACAUGUCCACAGCCAGUUUGGCAGAGCAUAGCGCAUCCUCGUUGGGUACGCAACAGCAUCAGUAUCAUUACAUACAAUAUCCGCCAUACUACUACCAUAUUGGCCUGCAUGCGCAAAGGCAACAACAGCAGCAACAACAGGGAUCGCUUUUGGGAAUACCGGAAGUCGCUUGCCAUUGUCAUUGCUCGUGUGGUGCACAACAACAGCAGCAACAGCAGCAGCAGCAACAACAACAACUGCUGAAUCAACGUUAUUACCAGCAAAGAAACUUUACCGCCUCCAGCACAGCCAUUGGACAAACGCCGCGCAUUGAGGGGGGGGACUCGAGCAAAAUUGUGGUGCAAGUACAUUGUCAAUCGAAUAGUGAAACAGAUUGCGAGCGUGAACGCGAACCAGCGCCCACUAAAGCGCAAUCAGAACAAUCACUACUGAAUCACUCCUACCAGACGCUGCAGCUGCAAUCGGCAACGGAGGAGAAACCAUUAAAUGUCUUAUGCAAUUCCAAGUUGAAUAUCAGCUGCGAUUGUGACUUGGAAUGCACUUGUGGGGGGGCCGAAAGAUUGCGCAGUGCUGCCGUCGAGUCUGCAGCUAUGCAUACUACGAGCAAUAAGGCAGCUGCCAGCAGCGAUGUUGAUUUGAAUGCAGAUAUUUUGGACACACCAUCACCGUUGAAAAAUCAGAAGCAAUGCCAAAUUGAAGCCAUGUUGGGUGCUGAUGAGAUCACAGUCAGCGAAUCGGACAAUAAUAGUACGAUGAUUAAGAAGAAGAAGAAAACGAGUGGUAGUGGUAGUAGUUGUACGCAUACCAACAAUGAAAUGAAUUCGUGGUGUCAUCUGCAAGAUCAAAAUUCGCCAUUGGCAGCCGACAAAAAUUGCGAUUGUCAUUAUAAUUCCAGUCAUAUUGAAAUCUACAGCGAUGGCGAUAGCAAAGGAGGUCACGAUUCCAUUGAUGAUCAGCGACCACCCUUGCCGCCGCGUCCACCACCGCCACCCAGGUUGCGAAAUGCCACUAUAACGGGAAAUGGUGUUCAUCGCCAUGGUGCUGGCAUAAAAAAGUACGUUGUGUGGUGCCUCAUCUGCGGUGGCUUCUCCUGUCUGCUGGGCAUACUUUUUCUGGGUGUUUACUUUCUUUUGCAUUCAUAUACGAUUACUGUUGGAAAUUUUGAAACGGUGCCCACAUUUGUGCCUGCUACAUUGUUGAUACUGACAGGAAUAUGCAUAAUAAGUUUGGCGCGGCGACGAAAUCGAUACAGCUAUCUGAUAAAACUGUCUGGCGUGUGUGGUCUUAUCUCAGCACUGACAUGCGCGCUCGUCACUGUUACCACAACCGUUCUCCAUAUGAGCCGCUUGCAGGCGUUACGCGAGUGCGAAUAUGCGCAAAAGACACGAACAUGCACUUGUUACUCCGACAUGAUCGAAUCCCAAGUAGAUCGAGUGGACAAAGAAGGUGUUCGCCUCGUCUUCGACUCAUUAUCCGACUGUGGUGUUGUGCAUGGCUCACUCUACUCCUGUCUACGCGCAAUAUUUGGACUUUCCGUGGCAGGUGUCUUGGUCGCAGUUUUCAGUUGUAUGCUGGUUUAUCAGUUACUCAGUCACGAACGCAAGAAAAUGUACUGGGAGCAGCUGGAGUUGCGUUGCCGUUCACUUUACACCAGUCAACAGGGUCCACCACCAAAUAUGGCCGCUAUGGCUGGCGGUCGUGGCCCGAUUUGUCGCUGCUGUGAACAGUGCCACCUGCAUCGUCAAGUGCCUCUGCAGGCUACCGCCUACCCAUGGGAUGAUAGCGGCGAGCCACGUUUCUGGACCGGCCAACCACCGGGGAACUUCUAUUCCCCCAAUCCAGGUGGCGAUGAUCUGCAUAUGGCUAAUGCAGGUACGGCUUGCCGUGGGCAUGGCGGCGCAUCCGGUGCGCGAAGUCGCAUGACAGGCUGGAGCUGGCCGCGUAUGCCCUGGCAACGGAAUUCGCCCGUGCCGAACGCACGGCAAUUUCGUCAAACACCCUCAAGUCCAGACUCACAGUAUGGUUUCACAAAUAAUGCACCGGCUGCGGUGGAUAAUAUGAUGACUGCUGACUCGGAGACCGCACCGACUGUUGGGCAUGGCUCGGCGGCGCCUCCUUUUAAUGUCGUUGGCGGCGCGCUGCCCUACGGCGUUUGGGGACCACCGCCGCCCUACAGCGAUCCCAACAGUCCAGCACGACGUGGCUACUAUCAAUAUAUACAACCAAAUCCAUGCGGUAAUAUUAAUGCUGCUAACAACAACAUCAAUCACAGCGGCGCUGGCCAUAUGCCGAAUGAAAGUAAUAUUAGUGUAGCGGCUGAGCAGCGUAUGCCUUGCCUUAAUCAUCGUUCGGUUUUCUUAGAACAACAGCCGCAUCAACUCAAUGGCAAUGGUGGAAAUUGUUGUCCAACCGCAAGUAUGCGGCGCAACUUGGCAAAGCGUCGCACGACCGGCGGUAACGGAGGCGGUGGUAGCGGCGGCGAAGAUGCCAUGAAGUCGAAGACUGGUGGUGGCGACUAUGAGAACACACCCUCGGAGAGUGAUGGCUGUAACAUGCGAGACCGUUUUUCCAACACUUUACCUACGCGAAAAGUGAAGAAACGCAACGAGACAAAUGUACAGGCCAAUAUUAUAGGAAGCACAAAUCCUCAACCAGCUCCACGCCUUUCCAUGCAACAGGUGAAUGCCAAUACCGAUGCGAGUUGCACAAACGAACACGACGCUGAUGCCACGCUUAAUGAUGACGAUUGUAUGGAUCAGUGCACUGAAGGUAUGUGCGAUGAAGAUAAAAACUUGGGAGGCAGCGCUUCCUCACGUAUUGCCGCCAGGGCAACAUUGCGUCGUAAGCGCGGCAAUGAGAAUAGUGGUUUCCCGGCGAAUUGCGAAGUUGGUGUCGCUAACAAAACCAUGACGGAAGGUGAGUCUGAUGCUGUGGUGAUUGCAGCAGACAUGCACAGCGCUGGCGAUCCCGCCGAGUCAGAAGUCUACUUUGCCGAUGUCAGCAGUUGUUGUAAUAUGUCGCUCAAAAACGAUAACUACUACGAUGAGGCCCAUCAGAUUCAGCACCAUGUGCCUGCACAUCACCAUCACCAGCAUCAGAAUAGCAAUUGCAGCCAGAAUAGCAGCAGCAAUAAUGAGGAUUACUUAGCGCAGCGUUUCGGUCCGCGCGAGAAUUCAAUACGUAGUCGUCUUCCAUUUCCACAGGCACGCACCAAUGACUACGAGGAAAACUUGAAUACGUCGCAUCAGAAAGAAAUCGGCGGCAGUAUUACACCUGUUAACCAAAUGCAGAAGGAAAUUUCACGCCAAAGUAUGUGCUCUGUGGAAUCAGAAGCACAAACUGAUUGCACCGAUUUGUCGCCGGCUACUCCGUGCAGCAAUAAAUUUGCGCAGACUAAUUUUGAGGGAAAAAUAACAACAACAACAACCAACGAUGGUAAUGACGUUUCAGUGCCGCAACGUGUCACUGGAGCGCCGCUACCAAAUUUCAUCGCCAAGUUUCCAUAUUCAUCAGAGUCACAAAGCUUGGAAGCACACCGGCGCUCAACGAAGGAUAUUCACGAUCUAAUACUCUCAUCGGAAGCACACUACGAAGUGAUCAACGAUAAUCCACAACCAACACCGCCGCCUUGCCAAUUUACGGCACAACAACCAACAACAACGCGUAUCAACAAACCUCAACCACAGCGUCCGACAAAUCUUUCGACCAGCAAAUCCAAAGCGAAACAGGGCGUGAAAACGCGAGAUCGCAUAGAGGCUAAUGUACUGCAGAGCGAACGAGAUUGGCCGAUUCCAAGUGGAGUUGGUAAUGUGAAUAAGGGAGUAGUAGUAGGUGUGGGCGGCGGUGGUCUAUGCAACAACAACGAAAGGAAAUGCUUGUGAGAAGAAGUUUUCGUAUAAAAUUCGAAAUUGAUCCAGUGAAAUGAGAGUGAAGCUUUGGGAUGGCUUUAGUAAAAAAUAAGCAAAAGUAAGGUUGAUAAUGAACGGUAUGAGAACUUAGGGUGCUUAAGGUGCAAGUUUGAAAAAUUUUUGUUUUUGGUUUGAAAGCGCAGAAGGUUUGUGGUCAGUGUUGCCAGUGUUGUCUCCUUUAGUCACAACAAAUGUAAUUUACAUACUUCCAAAAACCAUAAUUUUUUUAAUACAUGCACAGACGAAAAAUUAAAAUUCUAAUAUGUAUGUAUAUAUAUAUAUUAGGGUGGUAUUUAAAAAUAUAAACAUCAUAGGCCACCCCUUAAUUCUUUUCUACAUAAAAAAUAAAGACAUCUACAAAAAUUACAAAAUCUAAAAAAAUAGAGGUCGC